AUGCUGCUGGAUGACCUGAGCGACAGCGAAUUCGAUGCGCUGCCCAAGAACAAGGCUCCAGCACUCCUGGACGACUCGGAUCUCGACGAUCUCGACGAUCUCGACGAUUUCGACUUCUCCACAGUGGUAAAAGAACCAGCGAAACCAGUGACAAAGGAACAAACAGCUGUUCACAAGCCAUCAACUGCUCAACAACAACCAACACCGGCUCGACAACAGCCGCUGGGACAGCAACCGCCGCGACAGCAACCUUCUGGACCACAACGAACUCAGCUACCCAGGUACAAUGCUGAUCCGGCAGAAUCUACAAAUACACCAGACAUUGAUCUGAACCUGACAUACCCUCGACCAAUGGACACAGCCUGUCACCAUGAGACGACGGGUCUCACCGGAUCUUUUCUGUACCCCUCAAAUCUGCCGUUCCGAACUUACCAGCAUACCAUCAUUCAAUCUUGUCUGAUUGAGAAUACUCUCUGCUCUCUUCCCACCGGUCUAGGUAAGACCUUCAUUGCGUCUGUGGUCAUGCUCAACUUUUACCGAUGGUUUAAAGAUGCAAAGAUCAUUUUCAUGGCGCCAACAAAGCCCCUCGUUUCACAGCAAAUCGAUGCCUGUCUUCGAAUCACUGGUAUCCCGAGGCACGACUGCAGUGUGCUGAUGGGAGGAGUUAAACAGGCUGAUAGAGCACAUGAGUGGGCUAACAAACGUGUGUUUUUCGCCACUCCUCAGGUUGUGGAGCUCGAUCUCGAUGGUGAGAUCUUGGACCCAAAGACGGUUUCCUUGUUGGUUGUCGACGAGGCACAUCACACCAGUGGCAAAUACUCGUACGGAAUAGUGGUCAAGAAGCUGCUGGAUGCACACCAAAGCUUCCGUGUUCUUGGCCUCACAGCCACUCCAGCUUCCAAGGUUGAAGGGGUGCAGUCUGUCGUGCAACAUCUUCUAAUUAGUCACUUGGAAGUCAAGGGAGAACAGGAUCCAGAUGUGCAGCAGUACAUGCACAAUCGAGAAGAGGUCAAGAUCAACGUCGAUCUGGGAAGCGAUAUUAAUGAGUUGUUGGCUCUGACUGGGCAGGUACUCAAACCUACCUUGUCUAUGAUGGCCUCGAAGGGGGUGCUGCAUAACACAGACAUUGCAAAAAUCUCACUGUUUGGCGUCAAGAAGGAGAUAGAACGGUACAUGUUUCGAACCAAAUAUCUCGGACCUGCUGCCCAGUACAAGUACCGAGGUAUUGGAGCUGUAGUAGCCUCCAUAGCCCAUGCUACCCAGCUGUUGCAACACCAGGGAAUCACGCAGUUCUACGACACCCUGAAGCGACGACACGACGAGGAAAUGGCUCGAAAACAGCCUACAAAGUCAUACGAACAGGUAGGGGAUAUUGGCUCAAUUUUAGAUGCCACCAAGACGAUCAUGAAAAAAGAAGGAUACCUGGCUCAUCCUAAGUUGAACUAUCUCGGAUCGGAGUUGAACGAGUUUUUCAGCAAGGCUCCCGAGGGAGCUAACACAGGUACAUGCAUCAUUUUCGCGCGCUUCAGAAGUACUGUGAAUGUGAUCAUGGAGUAUCUGACCAAAUUCCCACAGGUCAAGCCACAUGAGUUCAUUGGCCAGGCUCCUUCACGUGAAGAGGGAGGUGGACGGGGAAUGACCCAAAAGAAACAACAAGAGGUUAUUUCCAAGUUCCGAAAGGGCGUCUACAAUACUCUGGUGGCUACUUCCAUCGCUGAAGAAGGUCUCGAUAUCGGACAGGUUGAUCUCAUCAUCUGCUACGACUCCAACGCUUCACCUAUUACGUCUCUGCAGCGGAUGGGACGAACAGGACGUUCCCGAGACGGUCGGGUAGUGCUUCUGAUGACCGAUAAGGAGAUGGAGAACAAUAUCAAGUCGCGUGAUAACUACAGCUACAUUCAGCGUUUGAUGGAAAAGGGGUCUCGUGUAAAGCUUUACCCUCCGAAUCGUGUAAUUCCCGGUGCCGCUACCGAUCCUCCUCCUCCCCAUUUCAUGAAGCAAGUUAUCUUACCAGGUGAGAACCAGGAGAUUCUAGACAAAACCGACAAGGAUCAUCUGGAGCUCGCGGAUGUGGUCGCCAAAGGUGACAAGGAGCUGCGUCUGAGGAAAGACAAGAACGGCCACUUCAUUGUGCCUCAGAAGAGGAAGAAGAAGGUGUUGAAGAUGCCAGAGAAUGCGACUUUGGGGUUCAUGACCGCUAAGGAGAUGGCCAUGAGAAGCAGCCAGUCCAGUAAUGGUCAGAGCAGCCAAGACAUACCUAACAGCCCUACCCCACCUACGAAGCGUACCAAAGUCGAUGUUGAUGAACUCGAAGCAGAUCUCGAUGAGGCCUUGGGCAACCGGUCUCAUGAUAGCCUGGCAGAAGACAUUGAGGAGGAGCUAGAGCAGGAAGAGGUUCCUCAACAUUUGCAUGACUUGGUGGAAUUGGACGAUGAACGGGAGCAAGAUAUGAGCCUGGAAGAGUUCAUCGGUGAUGAUGAUUUCGAUAAGGAGCUGGAGGAUGUUCUGAACAGUAGUAAGUCUGGAGGAGGCCAGUCGAUUAGUGAGGGUACACAGGGGACUACCAAUGAGGUACAGACGACUACAGGUUCAGUACAGACCCAGGCGGUACCUGUGGAACAGAGACAGUCUCAACCAUCUUCUGGAAUACCACUGGCACCUGUCAAAAUGACACCUGCACCACAACUGGCGGAAUCUAUCGACUCGUCGUCGUUUGACGAUGAAUUCUUCGAUAGAUUGGACGAAGCUCUGGCCAAGCCUGGAGACAAGUAA